AUGGGUGGCGAUCUCAACUUGAAGAAGUCAUGGCACCCAGCGCUUAUGGUCAACCAGCGCAAGGUGUACAACGAAGAACUCAAGGCACUCGAAGAGCGCAAGAAGACCGACCAAGUACUCAAGGAGCGAGCUGAAGAACGCGCGAUCCAGGAACUUGAGCGACUGCAGGAAGCCGCUGGCGGCAAGAAACGUACCGAUCGCGUGGACUGGAUGUACAAUGGACCAGGAUCUGGCGGAUUGGGCGCUGGAGGUGGUGUGAGCGAGGAAAUGGAAGGCUAUCUGUUGGGAAAGAGAAAGCUGGACGGACUGGUGAAGAGGAAUGAAGGCGAAGCCUUGAAGAAAGAUGCGCCUCAGGAUGGAUUCAUGGCCUUGAACAGCAAUGCGAACAGUGCCCGAGAUGUCGCGAGUAAGGUCAGCAACGACCCUAUGCUUGCGAUCAAGAAGCAGGAACAGGCUGCAUAUGAGGCUAUGAUGAGCGAUCCGGCAAAGCGACGCAUGCUCAUGGCAACUGCGGGCAAGGAAGUGGAAGAGGAUGAGAAGAAAGACAGCCACAGGAAACACAGGCACAGCCACCGGCACCGAUCGCACAGGCACCGAGACGAUGACGAUGAUGGGCACAGGAGAAAGCGACGAAGGCACAGCGAUGAUCGGGACGAUGAGAGGCGGUCACAUCGACACAGAUUCCACAGACACCGCAGACGGUCGCCCUCAGAAUCCAGGUCAAGAUCUCGGUCGCGAACUCCGCCACGAAGAGACGCUCGUGACAGAGAUGAGCGGCGCUCCAAGUCCGACCGACAACGAGAUCGCAGUGCCUCUAGAUCCCGCUCACCCCGACGAAGGCGUGACGAGGAUGAUCGCAGGGAGCGCAGAAGAUCAUACCCAUCGCCGAAGCGCUCUGGCUCGUCUGACUCCCGUUCUCGGUCACCUUACAAGCCACGCCGAGACGAUCGAAGGCGAUCUUCUCCACCUCGCAGCAAGAGGGACAAUCCUUACCGAUCGCCGCCAGAGGACAGCACGAAGAAGGAUGACACUGCUGAAGAAGCAGAACGCGCGAGAAAGUUAGCAGCCAUGCAGACAAAUGCGUCCGACCUGGAAGCUGAUCGCAAGGCUCGCUUGACUGCCCUUGAGCAGCAGGAAGCUGAGCAGCGUGAGGAAGAUGACAGGAAACGGUCAGAGAAGGGCAAAUUCAUCGGCAGUGUGAGGAAGGAGGCUGAGAAUGUCGAUCUUGGCCGGAGGCUGGGAGGAGAUAGGCCGAAAGGUGCAAUGCGUGAUGAUUGA